CGACCCCCCUUCUCAGCUUUGUUGACGACAUUCUUUCAUUUGUCCCAAAUACGAUCUCAAUUUUCAGUCCAUCGACAUCACCUUCAUUCUUUUGAUUCGACAUUCUCUUUUUAAGGAUACACAAGAACACGAGCAUACAUUCUUUCCUCCCCAACUCUUUACAACCCUUCGCCGAUCAUGGUUUCAUUUUUGAAAUCAUCAAUUGUGGCUUUGGCCAUCACGAUAGCAAGCGUAAAUGGACAAAAAGGUGGAACGGUAGAAAUUGUUGGAAAUUCUGGAGUUUCAGGACAAAUGAUGUUUUUACAAUCAAACGGACAAGUUGCAAUUUUGGAUAAAGUUGAAAAUAAUCCAAUCCAUAAACCAAACGGUCAAGGUCCUGCUGCAGCAGUUUUUUAUAAUUACAGAGAUAAUUCUGUUAAAGCUGAUAAUAUGAAAACAAAUCCGUUCUGUGCUGGCGGAAUGACUUUAGGCGACGGUCGUUGGUUAGUCGUCGGUGGAAAUAAAGCCGUCGGUCCAGGUGGUGUGACCGCUUCACAAAACAAGUCUCCAUACUAUGACCGAAACGGUGGUCAAGCAAUGCGUUUCUUGAGCCCUUGCAGUGGUAGUGAUUGCGUUUGGGAUGACAACGAUCGUAAAGGUUUGAUGAAAGAACGUUGGUAUGCUACCAUGGAACCAAUGCGUGACGGUCAUGUGAUGAUCGCCGGUGGAAUGAGAGAUGGUGGAUUUGUUCCAAGUCAAGGAAGCAAUGAACCCUCUUACGAAUUCUAUCCAACCACAGGAACAACAUACAAGAUGGACUUCCUUAGCCGAACAGUUCCAUUGAGCUUGUACCCUUUCACAUACCUCCUUUCCGAUAACCGUGUCUUCAUGCAAGCAAACCGUCAAGCAAUUUUGUGGAACACAGAUACAUUGCAAGAGACAGCACUGCCAAACAUUCCAGUCGCUCCUCGUGUUUAUCCUGCCAGUGGUGGUAAUGCAAUGUUACCUCUCACGCCUGCCAACAACUACAGAGAAACAAUUCUUUUCUGUGGUGGUAUGUCUCUCGGCAAUUCAAAGAACUGGGGUAACGAAGGAGGUCCAAACGUCAUGGUUACCGAACGUCCAGCAUCUACCUCUUGCACACAAAUCUCACCCCUCGUCGAUGCACAAUGGCACGAUCAAGAUCCAUUGCCAGAAGGUCGCUCAAUGGGUCAAUUCAUCAUUCUUCCAGACGGUCGCUUGUGGUUCGGUAGUGGUGUGACGACCGGUGUUGCAGGAUACACGACCGACCCCAACCAAGUUGGAAGACCAGUCGGUACCAGUUUCGGAGAUAAUCCUUCUUACAAGCCUUUGGUCUAUGAUCCAGCCAAGCCGGCUGGUCAAAAAUGGAAGAGAGUAGGACAAGCAAAUGUCGGCCGUUUGUAUCACAGCUCAGCAACGCUUUUACCUGAUUCUUCUAUCUUGAUCGCAGGUAGCAACCCAUCACCCGAUGUCAACACAAAGCAAAAGUGGAAGACUGAAUACACGGUUGAACGUUGGUACCCUGAAUGGUACGAUCAACAACGUCCUUCAAAUGCAGGUUUGCCAAAUUCAAUCGGAUACGGUGGAUCUGGCUUCUCACUCACGUUUGGUUCUUCCACUGAAGCAGCAAAUGCAAAGGUUGUUGUUAUUCGUACUGGAUUCUCAACUCACGGCUUUAACAUGGGUCAACGUUCUUUGGAAUUACGUUCGCAAAGAAGUGGCAAUACAUUAAACGUGGCCGCCAUGCCUGCCAACCCCGCUUUGUUCGCUCCUGGUCCUGCAUUGAUGUUCGUUGUUGUGAAUGGUGUUGCAAGUACAGGUAAAUUCAUCGUUGUCGGGAACGGUAAGAUCGGCAAUCAACCUGUUGGAGCAGAAACACAAUUGCGAAAGCCCACUUCUUCCACCAAUGCGACCGUUGCCGCCUCUGCUCAACGCUCAUCUCUUGUAGGAGCAGAUAAAGAACGUGCUGAUCAUAUUGCAGAAUUAUUGCAAGGUCAACCUGUUCAAGGUAACGUUGUCAAGCCUUUGAACGAUAAUGACAAUGGAAUCAAAUCAUUUUUUGACGGUAUUCAACAACACGUUGAAGCAGCAGCAGAAGGUUUUAAGAACGGUGAACACACUGAACAUCUAUCAGGAUGA